ACUGUUUUCUAAGGGCCCAUGGACUGAAGGUCUGUACAAAUGAGUGAUGGGCUCAGCUCCGAUCUGCAAAGCUACAAUACAUUUCAGUUUUUUCUUCUUCUACCAUUUCUGGUUUGUCUUCUCAAUCAGCAGCUGCAUGCCAAACCUCUGCAACUUCCAAACUACCCAUCAAAAUGUCCUUUUUUGGCUCUCUUGUUUCUGCUCUUACCUCAUCAUCUUUUAUCACCUCUCUCUUCUCCCACUCUCUCUUGUUCCACACAUCAAAACAAGUACAAAGUCUUUAGCUUUCACCCCUUUCCCGAACCCUUGUGAGAAACUGAAAUUUUCCAUAAAAGAUCUUGUUUUGAUGCUAAAUAUCGUAUGUUUUGGUCUAAAGAAAAGUGCCCAUUUUCCCUUUUUCUUGAUGAUUCUCUUAGUUCAGCAAGUCAAAGCCAUAUCUUGGUCCUUGUUGGUCCUUCCAAGCUUGGACUUCAGUUUUCUCGGGUUUAACUCUGAUCUACUUGCAGAUCUUCAAGGUUCAGCUUUUUCUGAGUUCUGGUCAGUUUUUUCUAAUUCCCUCCUCUUGGUGGGUAGAAUUCUUUGAAAAUUCAGCUGGAGAUUCAUGGUGGCAUCUUUGGGGUUAUUGUCAGUUAAUUGUAGUUUUGAUUUAAUGCAAGGAGCUUCCUUUUUGUUCAUUUGGAAGGUUUCCAAGUCAGCUGGAUAUCUUCUAUUCAACAAUUUGUAACUUAUUUGAGGAAUAUAUUUCUAGGAAGUUGGAGUUUCUGAGCUUUUAGAUGGUCAAACAUUUAGUUUCUUAUUCUUCUUAUUUUCCUAUUCAUUCCACCUUUUGAUCUUGGCUAGAAGGUUUGUUUUUAAGGUAAUAGCUUAUUGCAAUGUUCUAGCAAUUUUCUUGAUGAUUGCAUGGUGAUUGUCUUUAGCUAUGUGAAUAGGUAGUCAAGAAGAUUCUGUAUUGUAAAUCUCCUCUUGGUGCUUUAUAUCAAAAUGUCUGGAAAUGGUCGUUGUUUCAUGGAGUGGAAGGAGGAAUUUGUUUCACAGGAGCGUGGUAAUCGUGUGGUUCACUAUUUCUUGAAGGAUUCCUCUGGGGAAUCCAUCCGUGCAGUUAUUGGUACUGAGAGGAGUGUUAGGCACAUGUUUUAUGUUGUUGCUGAGGAGUUUGUGAGGGUAUAUGGUGAUGAGCAUUCAAUUCAUCCUGGUUUCAAAUGGAGGUCAAGAAGAGAGGUUGUGGAUUGGCUUACAUCUAUGCUCUCAAAGCAGCAUCUGCAGGGAGACCAAUCUAAGUUACCAAAACAUGAAGAACUGCUAGCUUUGCGAUCUUGUGAUCAUACAAUGAUAGAGAUUAGUGCUUGGAAGGCCCAAGCACUGCAUGAUAUGGGCCAUCUUUCGAGAAUUGUGUGGUCAGGCACUGCCUGGACAUGUGGUAAACAGCUCAAACAUUUCCCAGCAUUUGGUCGCAAUGGGACCACAAUAGUGGUUCAUUCUUUUGUCUUUGUCAUGGCUAAAGGCGAGAAUCACUAUCUUGCUUACUUGGAGGACAUGUAUGAAGACAAGCGAGGGCAGAAGAAGGUCAAAGUGAGGUGGUUUCACCUUACUAAGGAAGUCAAGGGUGUCAUUUCCGUAAGAAAUCCUCACCCAAAAGAAGUUUUCAUCACUCCUUAUUCACAGGUGAUUAGUGCAGAGUGUGUUGAUGGUCUUGCGAGUGUCUUAACACGUGAGCACUAUGAGAAAUGCUCAGCUGUUUUUCCUGAUGCUUUAUUAGCUAGAGUGCAUGUAUGCUCUAGGCAGUUCAGAAGCAAUAAAGUGAAGCCAUUUGAUUUGAGUAAAUUGCGUGGCUAUUUUGAUCAACCGAUUCUCUCGUGUUUGAAUUCCAGUCUGUUCUCAGAGCGUGACAACAUGAGCCAUUGCCUAAAUGAAGAAGAGGAGGAAGAACUAAACCCCAGUGAAAAUUUGAAGCUGGGAAAUAAGAGGACCAGAACUAAUAGAAGUAGUCCAAUGUUUGUGACAGAUCAUGCAGGAAACAGGAUUUCUGGUAACCAUUUGAUGACUUAUAAAACUUCAUACAAGCAAAUUAAAUAUGCUUUGUCUGGAAAGAGAUUGCUUUCCCCUAAGCAUGCUGAGAGUCAACAUUGGUAUGGCUCAGUUUUCAAGGUUGACGAAAAGAUAGAGUUGCUCUGCCAAGAUAGUGGCAUCCGAGGCUGCUGGUUCAGAUGUACAGUAUUGCAAGUAUCAAGAAAACAGAUGAAGGUUCAAUAUGAUGAUGUGCAGGAUGAAGAUGAAUAUGGUAAUCUUAAGGAAUGGAUCCCAAUUUUAAAGCUUGCUAUGCCUGACAAACUUGGAAUGAGGUACGCAGGCCGCCAAACAGUACGACCUGCUCCUCGUAUCUCUCAAACAGCACUUGCACUUGAGGUUGGGGCCGCUGUUGAUGCAUGGUGGAGCGAUGGCUGGUGGGAAGGGGUUGUAAUUAGAGCCAACAGCAGCAGUGAUGAUACUUUGCAAGUUUACUUGCCUGGUGAAAAUUUAUUCCUGAACAUAGACAAAAAAGAUCUAAGAAUUUCCAGAGAUUGGGAUGGGGACCAAUGGAUAGAUAUUGAGGCCAGACCUGAUAUUCUCGCUGUGAUAUCUGCUGCCAUUAGACCCAACGCCGAAACAAAAGUUUCCAUGUCCUCUACUGUUGUCAUGGAUGCCAAGGUUGGUGGCAGAGGCACAAUGACAAAUGAAGUUUUUGCUGCCAAAACUAUACCCAAAGUUGUUGAAGGGGAACAGCCUGAGUUAGCUAUUCAGGACUCUCCUGAUAACCUUCUAGAAGACACUGGUGGUAAGGAGCUUCAAUCAUCAAAAAUUGAAAAAGAUGGGGAUGAUAGUGAUUAUAAGAAGCCUCCACCAUCAGAAAAUGGCUAUGGAAAUGCUGAUGAUGCCAACUUCAUUCUUGAUAAACUAAAUGAUGUGGAUGAUAAUGAUGAAAACAACACCAACGACAAUGGUGAUAAGGAAGGCGAGUUAGAGACCAAAAAUGACAAUGAGCAGAACUCUAAAACUGCAGAGCUCAUGGAAGCAACGACUUAGAAUGUCUGAUGCAACUGAUUCUUUUAUAACGAGGAUGGUGGUACUAAUGUUGACUAACAUGGCUUUAGUUAAGACCUUCUGUAAAUAGUGACACAGGAAUGCAAAGUCAUUGUGUUUUGUGUAUUGACUUGGUGGCCUUGGUCUGUGUACAGUAACAAGGUUAGUACUUUAUUGUGGUUCCCGUUGUGGUAAUUGUUCGAACUAGAAAUAGGAUUUGCAUUUGAAGAUCUUUGAUUAGGAGCUCCUCUUCAAUGGAGUCUGUUCUUCCUCAGUUUCUUAAUCAUGGGCUUUGCUUGUAUCUUGUAAGUUGCAACCCCAAAUCUGUAUUCUCUUAUAAUG